AUGGAGAUCAGAGGCAAAAAGUGCCAGAAACCCACAGGAGACUCAAAGCUGCGCUUUGCCCCAGACAAGGAAUACUAUGCCAUGGAGGAGCUGGUGACCCUGAGCUGCCCAGAGGGGUACGAGCCCUCACAGCCCAAGAUCCAAUGCCUCCAGAAUGGGAGCCACAGUGUCUGGAGUGAGGCAGCCACCUGCCAGAGAAGGUGCCAACCACCAGACCCCAGGGACCGCCAGGCUGAGUUCACACCAAAACAGCCGUCGUACAGCCCAGGUGAUGCAGUGACAUGGAGCUGCCCUGAGGGCUAUCGGCCAUCUGAGGUCAAGAGCACAUGCACGCAGUCGGGCAACUGGAGUCUGUGGAGUGUCCAUUGUGUCAGAAACUGCCAAGUGCCAGACCCCAGGGAUGCCCGGGCUGAGUUCUGGCCAAAACGGCUAUCCUACAACCCAGGAGAUGUGGUGACAUGGAGCUGCUCUCCGGGCUAUUGGCCCUCAGUGGUCAGUAGCAGAUGCACGCAGUGGGGAAACUGGAAUCCGCGGAGUGUCCAGUGUGUCAGAAAGUGCAUGCGACCCAUCACAUACUCACUUCUGAGCUUUAAUCCAGACAAGCCGUACUAUGACAGAGGGGACCUGGUGACCCUGAGCUGCCCGUGGCAGUACGUGCCCAAACCAUCUAAGAUCCAAUGCCUCUGGAAAGGGAACCACAGUGUGUGGAGCGAGGAGGCCACCUGCCAGAGGACAUGCAAUACGCCACACUUCUGGGACUCCAAGGCUAAGUUCACACCGUAUCAGCAGCAAUACAGCUCAGGAGAUGUGGUGACAUGGAACUGCUCCAAGGGCUAUCGGCCCUCAGCGGUCAAGAGCAGAUGCAUAUGGGGCGACUGGAUCCCAGAAAACGUCCACUGUAUUGGGUUUUGUACAAUUAGUGAGAACUUGGUCCAAUUCGUGUUUAGAGAUGACUACCGGCAUAAGUUUGCAGUCGGUGACAGACUCCUAGUGAUCUGUCCCUCAGAUCGGUUUGAGGGGGACUUCAGCUGGAUAACGUGUGUGACACACAAAGCCUUGCUUCCUGAGUGGGACGUGAGCAACAUGUGGUGCUCUGAGAAAUGCCACAGGCCUAUAUGGGACCCGAGCCUCCAGUUUUCACCAGACCAGCUGUUUUAUGGCAAGAAUGAGGAGGUGAGGCUGAGCUGCCUUGAUGGAUCCCCACCGUCACUCCCUGUGAUACGCUGUGCAAGGCAAUAUCGGGACAAGCAGGAUGUCUGGGCAGUGCAGGAUGGUGAGAGCACAUGGCGCCAGGUUGAAAAGAACGUGACCUGUGCAGGCCACCCCCAGAUCAUCCCUGGAGCCUCAGAGAUUUCACCCACCAGCAUCAGGCUCAGCUGGGUUUGCACGCCCUCCAAAUCCUGCCAGGGCACUUGGAGCAUUGGGGCCCAGUGCCUGCCGGUGCCAGCCGAGCUCCAAGCCAACCCCUGUCCAAGACAAGCAAGCAGCAGAAAGCAGAUAUUAGAAGGCCAGGCAGGGACACUUAUCUGCAGCGCCCUGCAGCCCUUCACCCUCUACAACGUCACCAUCUCCGCAAGCUAUUCGGGUGCUGUAGCUUUCCCCAGCACUGUCCUCUACACGUGGCUGGUCAGGACAAAUGAGACAGUGCCAGGCCAGCCCCAGACAGAGCCGAGGGACCCCAGCACCGGAUCCCUGCGGUGGAAACAGCUGCCGUCCUGCCAUGGGGACAUCCUCGGGUACCAGCUAAACAUCACGGUCCAGAGAGAGAAUGACAGCCGGUUCUUCGAGGAGCAGGUGGUGCGUGUGAACUCGUUGGUCACUGAGUACAGGCUGCCCUUCUGGAGACCCGGGACCAACUACACAGUGACAGUCCAGGGCCUCACAGCUGCUGGCCUGGGGGAAGCAUCACAAUGGACUUUUGAAACUGAGAUCUCAGGGAAGCUGGAGUCCAGGCAAGCAGGCUUGAUGCCAAGGUAUAUGGCCAUGGCCAUGGCCAUGUCUGUGCUGGUGGUGCUGGCUGCCGGGCCACUGCUGCUGUGGGUCAUGCUCUGCAGGUGGUGCCAGGCCUCAGCAAGCAGCACAGGGCAGGAGCACUCUGCAGACCUGCAGCUCCAGAAUGUGUCAGUUGUCACUAAUACCUGGAGGUGCCAGGAGGGACAUCUCUGACUUGGACCUCCAAGCCUGAGCUAUCACCCGUCUGGCCAUGCACAGUGACCCUCUCCCCU